AUGGGCGGCGUGAUUCAGAAUCAAAAAGUUCCUACCAACCAAGAACAAUGGAAUUGCGCCAGACUGGUGCUUUUGUCGCAUUUCACGGUUGAAUUACCGCAAAUAUGGCUUUUCCAUCCCAUGGCUCAAUACUUCGGCAUGGCAACAGGCGUACCGUUCCCACUUCUUCUGAAAAUGGCGUACCAAAUUGCUGUUUUCUUUGUGCUCGAAGAUACGUGGCACUAUUGGUCACACCGCGCUCUCCAUUGGGGUCCGCUGUACAAAAACAUUCACAAGAUCCACCACCAAUAUUCCGCGCCGUUUGGUUUGGCCGCCGAAUACGCAUCACCUAUUGAGGUCAUGGUCCUUGGGUUGGGAACCGUUGGUACGCCAAUAUUGUGGUGCGCUGUGACGGGCGAUCUCCAUAUCCUGACUAUGUACAUCUGGAUUAUUGGACGCCUCUUUCAGGCCAUUGAUGCUCAUUCCGGCUACGAAUUCCCUUGGAGUUUGCACCAUUUUCUACCAGUCUGGGCAGGGGCACAGCAUCAUGACGUUCAUCAUGAGAGAUUCAUUGGCAACUACUCAAGCAGCUUUAGAUGGUGGGAUUAUAUUAUGGACACCGAGUCUGGUCCUGAGGCAGCUAAGAAGAGGAGAGAAAGAAAAUUGGCGAAGGAGGGCAAGAAGAUGCAAUGA